UACUUGUCGCCUGUCGGCAUUUUCUGUGUUUACACUGGUUCGAGAAAGACAAAAUCUUGUUCCUGUAUUUUUCUCGUUCAAUUUUGAAUAUUUUUAAAAUUCACACAAAAUGAAAGACUCCGAAAUUUUGGAAGCGAUGGAAUCUAAAAAUGCGAUAAAGUUUAAAGAACAAAUUUAUCGACUCAUUAUCAGCCAAUUAUUUUAUGAUGGUUUCCAAUCGCUGGCUGUCAGUCUAUCAUCAGCAGUUCAGGCACAUCCAACAUGCCCCCCAUCUGAUCGACUCAAUCAUAUUGUCUCGCUAGGACUUCAGCAUGAACACACAUUGAAGAAACCAUUAAAUAAAGUGGAGAUGCUUUUGGGUCCAGGACUGGAUUUGGAAUAUGAAACUGAUGUUCAAACCUCAGCUCCAGAACCAGCACUUUAUGAAACUGCAUAUGUAACAUCCCACAAAGCACAAUGUAGAUCUGGGGCCUUCAGCCCUGACGGUCAGUUAGUUGCCACUGGAAGUGUUGAUGCAUCCAUCAAGAUCCUUGAUGUUGAUCGAAUGUUGGCUAAAUCAUCCCCAGAUGGAGAAAUGGCAACUGAUCAGCAAGGCCAUCCUGUUAUCAGAACUUUAUAUGACCACGUAGAAGAAGUGACCUGUCUGGAAUUCCAUCCUCGUGACGCCAUUCUCGCAUCUGGAUCUCGCGAUUGCACUGUUAAAUUAUUUGACUUCAGUAAAGCAGCGGCAAAGAAAGCUUUCAAAACACUAUCAGAUUCAGAUCAAAUUCGUUGCAUGGCUUUCCAUCCUACCGGAGACUAUUUGGUUGUUGGUACAAAUCAGCCCGUUGUACGUCUGUAUGACACCAACACCGCUCAAUGCUAUGUCUGUUCAUUUCCGUCUCAGUAUCACACCAACGCUAUUACCUCACUCAAGUAUUCUUUUGAUGGCAAACUUUAUGUAUCCGGUUCUCGAGAUGGUUCCAUUAAACUCUGGGACGGAGUUUCUAACAAGUGUGUCGGUACCAUUAGCCAAGCCCACGAUGGUGCGGAAGUUGGAUCUGUUACAUUUUCUCGCAGUGGCAAAUAUGUUCUUUCAUCUGGCACGGAUUCAUCUGUUAAACUUUGGGAGCUCUCUUCACUACGCUGCAUUAUAGCCUACACUGGAGCUGGCACAAUGGGCAAACAAGAGCACCGUGCUCAAGCUCUAUUUAACCAUUCGGAAGAUUUUGUCAUGUUCCCCGACGAAGCAACAACAUCUUUGUGUUGUUGGGAUGCUCGGACAGCUCAACGCAAACAGUUGCUGUCGCUUGGUCACAAUGGUGCGGUCCGUUACAUUAUCCAUGCGCCUAGUACGGCGGCUUUUCUCACCUGCUCAGACGAUUACCGCGCCAGGUUUUGGUACCGUCGCAACCCACAUUAGAUUAAGCUGUCAAAUUGUACAUGAAUAAUUGAAUAAAUGAGAAAAGCUACACUUUCAUCUGAAUAAA